UUGUCUUUUGCAUAAAAUGUAAGUUUUUCUCCACUCAUGCAGCUGAAAAUAAAAUAUUCUGAAAAAACCGGUUUACCUGGCACAACAGGUAUCUGCUUUUAGAACGACAAGCAUUCAGUUUUACCUGCUUCUCUCGUUCUUUUUUCUCUAAAACAUGUUAGGGCAUGAAGCCAACAUGCAUGAUAAAAAGAUUCAAGUUAACCCCCUCCUUCAACACCCUCCUUGCUGCCCUCUGCAUCUCAAACAAAACAGUUUCUAUUUUUUAAUCAUUGCUAUUCACUAAAAACACGCACACGUGCACAAACUCACAACAUGCAUUUCUUUCUCUUUCUCUUCUCUCCCCCCCCUCCAUCCUUUAUCAUGCACACAUCUCUGCCUUCCCUUUGCCCACUACUCCCACGGGAGACAGAGCGCUUGAGGGCCGAGGGGUGUGAGGAGAGGAGGAGGAAGAAGAGGAGGAGGAGGAAGAAGGAUUGGAGGGAGGGGGCGGCGUUAGACAAUGCCCAUUCCUCCAAUAUAUUCCGUCCCCUCCGUCCAUGAAGUGAGCCUUUAUUAGUGAGGAUCGUUUGGAUCUUAUCUUCCACAUGACGCGCGGCAGAUGAGGAGGAAUCAGAGCGACGAGGCGGGGGGGAUUUAUCUGCGAUCUGCCCGACUCCCGACCUGGAAGAGUGUCGCUUAUCUCCAGCCUCUUCAUCCCCAUCUUCCACAGGCGGACGGACCAGUAGCCUCUCUAUCAGCCCAGCUCAUCUAUUGUCUGAAAUCCAACCGAGGACCGGCUGAUCCCCUCUUAUCAUCACCCUAAUCGUUUUUUUUUUUUUUUGGUUUGUUUGUUUUAAUUUUCACAUUUUUCUGCACGUUUCCUGAACUAAUCCCAGGAAGACUUCUGAUCCGUUUUCAAAGCGUUCUGUGAUGCAAGUUUCCAUCAGGAAAAAGUGAAAAAAGUACUUUCUCUCUGCAUUUUUUCUCCACUUCCUUGAGCCUGAAUGAACGUCUCUUUGACAUCUGAUGCUCGUUCAGCUCGUGGAAUAUGAGUUAAUUGGGAGUUGGGUUAAUUAAACGAAGAACCAAAUUGCCUCCCAACUCUCUGUCAAGGUUUUCCAGGAGGAUCGCCCGCCAACACUCCGAGCGUAAAAAUGAUGCUGAGUCCGGAUCAAGCCGAGGCGGACCUGUCGUGGACCCAGUCCGACCCGGAGUCGAUGCUCAACGGCCUCAAGUCGGCCGGCUGCACCUCGGACGAGCCGACCGAGGGCGAGGAGCAGCGGGCCAAAUGCAAAGCCGAGCAGCCGCUGAGCAGGGAGGAGAAGAGGAGGCGGCGGCGGGCCACGGCCAAGUACCGCUCCGCGCACGCAACCCGGGAGCGGAUCCGGGUGGAGGCGUUCAACGUGGCCUUCGCGGAGCUGCGCAAGCUGCUGCCCACGUUGCCCCCGGACAAAAAACUCUCCAAGAUCGAGAUCCUCAGACUGGCUAUUUGUUACAUCUCCUACCUGAACCACGUGUUGGAUGUUUGAGUGGGAGCGGACGGGCGGACUGGUGCGGCAGAUUUCUACAGAACGCGCAGUAUUUUCUAAGCCUUUCACAGAUGAUACUUUGGGCAGACAUGCUACACUGAAAAAACCCAACUUAGAAUUCAACCAAUAAAAUUGGAGAGACUAUUUAGUUGGGUAGAGUUAUUAUCACUUCUUAGUCCAAAUUUUUUUUUUAACAAUGAUUAGUCACUUUGAAAUUCUAACUAAUUAAAUUAAUUUACCUAAUCUGGUGGGUCUCCAUGUUAAAAAGAAACCAUAACAUAGCUAAGAUACCGUUAGCUGUUAUGGUGGCAGCUGUGUGGCAGCAACCACCUCACUGUUAAAAAGUUCAGCUUGCUAGCAAGUUUGACUGUUGAAUAUAAACUUAUUAAACAUAAACGAAUUUUUUGAAUCAACCAUAACUCCUAUGAGAGUUUAAUUCAACCCAUGAUAGCCUUACUGGUUUCUGCGCAGCAUGCAGGACGAAUAAAAAGGAGAAAAUGUAUGUUUGAAUUCAACAGGUAUUAAAUAUUAAAUUUGAAACCACAUAAGUUGAAUUAAUUUAAUUAAUAUCCCCUAAAAUUAAUUUUCCCAGUGGUAGAACAUUUACAAUCUUAAAGAACUUUUGGCCUUUUAUGUUUUUGACAGUUUUCCACUCAAAGGUGUGAAAGUCAUCUUACACCAGUUACAUAACCAUCCAUUUUUUUCACUAGGUUUUUUUAAAUUGUCAAAAAUAGGUUAAAUAAUAAAUAUUUCCUCUCAGACUUUGUUUGAUGCGUUAGGGAGAGACCAGAGCUGAAUAUCGAGGCCUUUUAAGCUCUGGAAUCAAUAAAAAUAUAAUGCAUAAUUCUGACAAAACAAAACUGUACAAGUUAAAUGAAAUUGGUGCAAUUGUUUGGAUUUAUAUAGUAGAUAGAUUUUAAACAGUAUUUCUGUUGGGAAAAUGUAUAUUUACCACAUAAGUUAAACUCUAAUUUAGCUUUUAAGAUCAUUUUGGUGAUCUGAUUAAAAGUUGCCCUGAAAACUACAACUGCCUCAGGUUUUCAAAACUCCACUUGCUAGCAACUUUGACUUUAGCAUUAGCGCUGUUGCUCAACUACCUUAAUCUGGACACAAUUUUACAUUUUAAAUUCCUGCUUGAAAUAGAACGUAAGCAAUAAAACUGCUUAAUUAAACUUUAAAGAAUUUGUUUUGAAGCAAAUUUCACUUUUUACAGUACGCGUUUCCCGUUUUUCACUGUGUCAGGCUGUGGGGGGGCAUUUUUCACAUCAAAAUGAAGGGAUGUAAACAAGAUAGCUGCUUUAGAUCUUAUAGUUUAGAAGAUGUUUUCCGUAAAAGGAAAAAAAAAAAUAAUUCAAUGCGUCAAGUGCUACUUAUGACAUGAGAAAUUGUGACCUUAAUCAUUUUAAAGUGUAUUUAUUUAUUUAUUUAAUUGCGUUAAUAUUAUUGCUUAUUUAUUUAUGCGGAUUACAGGUCUUUCUUUCUGUAUAAAUGUAUAUUGUUUGUUUAUUCAAUAUAUUUUUAGGCUGUGAAAUUGAACGUGGUAAGUAAUGGUGUUUUCCUGUUUAAAAAAAAAGAAGAAAUAUGGCACUUUCUGUUAAUCCACUGCGUCUCCUGUUUGCUUUUAAUGUAUGUUGGAUGUCUCCUUGUUUUGCUUUGAUAAUAUCUGUUAUCGAUCGAUGGCAACGAUGAGCACUUGAACUGUGGGGCCCCACGGCCCCGUAGCUAUUUGCUUCCCUAAAAUGUUGUGUUGGGACGUCAUUCAGUUUUCAGAUUAGCCUAGUUUUUCUGUCAAGUUCAUGAAAACAAGAGGUUCUGUUGCGAUUUCCAGAAUGAAACCUCUUCUUUUGCUGUGACCAAAAACAAAGUCUGAAUUUACUCUCUUCGAUGUGCUGAUGUUAGGCUCUUAUUUUAGAAAACAUUUAUUUAUUUGUCUCUUCUUUGUAUCCUGAAAAUUCCAAUAAGUAAUUUUAUAGCAAAAGGAGAAGAAAAACAUAUCCUCUAUCCAAAGAUUUUUUUGUCUCUUCAGGGUUGUGUAGGCUUGUUGCUUUAUGCAGAUUUUUUUAGUAGAGUUACCGUGUGACAGCUGGUUUCUAAUGGACAGACUUUUUUCAUAUUUUCCGGUGUUAUUUUUAAUUAAAAACAAAUGCUGAAGAAAGACUCCCUUUCCUAUGUUGGAAUACAUUUAAAACGUUUCAGUUCAUGAAGGUCCAUUAAAUAUAUAAGCUAACACCAUGUUAGCGGAGACAACAAUGCUGUAUGGCAAGCCAUUAGGGACAAAUAUUGGUACUCCCAACCUAUCUGUUGUAAAA